AUGUUGGCAACUAUGAAAUAUAUACAUAUAUUCCUUAGUAUUCAAAAAAAAAAGAUAACUGUUGAACUAUCAAUUUUCUUCACUCCCAUUUUCAGUGUAAACAAUCUAUUGCGCUCUCUUAGGGGUAUAACGCUGAACGGCGUGAUAAAUCAAAGCUGAAAUACUUUCGAAAACAACGGUACCGCCGAAAAAAAUCGGCCGCUAAUGAGAUCAUGCCUGUUGACGCACACUUCAAGUCAUUAUCGCGAAUUUGUAAAUUAUUUAACGAUUUUUAGCUAAUCUAGGGUCAUAAUUUCUAGCCAUUAUCUGCGUAACGCUACUGUGGGGGUAUACAAGAAUGCUCAUGGCUAUAUAAGACCCCUUCGAACAAUUAGAUUGUUUAAAAAAUGCAAAAUUCGGUGUUAAAAGGAAGUUUAGUGUUAGCGCUGCUGAUCAUUUUCGACUGCGCAUAUGCCGCGGAUCGACCCAUUUCGGACUGUGGUGAACGCAUCAUAGCCGAUGGCUACCCCAUGGAACGUCACACGGUCACCACCAGCGAUGGUUACAUACUCACCAUGCAUCGCAUACCUUACUCACCGAAGAGUGAUAAGUCCGGUAAACGACCUGUUGCAUUUCUCAUGCAUGGCAUGUUGAGCUCCUCCUCCGACUGGGUGCUGAUGGGUCCGAACAAAGCGCUCGCCUAUAUACUCGCCGAUGCCGGUUACGAUGUGUGGAUGGGUAAUGCGCGUGGUAAUACUUACUCGAAGAAGCAUCGCACUUGGCCCACUUACUGGCAGGUCUUCUGGAAUUUCAGUUGGCAUGAAAUUGGUGUUUACGAUGUGCCCGCUAUGAUCGAUUACGUGUUGAAUUACACGGGCAACAAGCAGUUGCAGUAUAUUGGCCACUCGCAAGGCACAACCGUUUACUUGGUGAUGAUGUCGGAGAAGCCAAGCUACAAUAAUAAAAUUAAAUCGGCACAUCUGCUGGGACCCGCUGCCUAUAUGGGCAAUAUGAAGAGUCCACUAACGCGUGCCUUUGCGCCCAUUUUGGGACAACCAAAUGCGAUGGUCGAACUUGUGGGCUCAAUGGAAUUUAUGCCAAGCAAUAAGUUCAAGCAAGAUUUGGGCAUUGAGAUGUGUCAAGCCACAUCGCCCUAUGUCGAAAUGUGCGCCAAUGAGAUUUUCCUAAUUGGUGGUUACGAUUCGGAACAGUUGGAAUAUGAAUUGCUGGAACACAUCAAAGCCACAUCGCCAGCAGGUGCUUCAAUCAACCAGAAUCUGCACUUCUGUCAGGAACACAACUCGAAUAAGUUCCGCAAAUUCGAUUACAGUGUGCUACGAAAUCCCUUAGAGUAUGGCGGUAGCAUGUACCCACCCAACUACAAGUUGAGUAAUGCUAAAGCACCUGUUAUGCUCUACUAUGGCGCCAAUGACUGGAUGUGUGAUGUCAAGGAUGUUCGCCGUCUGCGCGACGAAUUGCCGAACAUGAAGCUAGACUACCUUGUACCCUUCUCGAAAUGGGCACAUUUGGACUUCAUUUGGGGCAAAGAGGCAAAGAAAUAUGUAUACGAUAAAGUAUUGGAGCAAAUGAGAAAAUAUGAGUGAAUUGGGGAUAGACUUGGAAAUCUAAUCUAAUAAAUUUUAAAUAAAUAUGAACUUUCUAUACAAGUAUUCCAGC